AUGUCGAAACGUGAUCAGUCCCAUUUGCACUUUGGUAAGAUCACGGAAGAAACGAAGAAACAAAAAUUACAUUCGCAACAUGAGGAUGAUUCAUCAGUCAUACUGGUUCGAACACAUGAAAAUGUGAGAAUGAUGAUGGUUGAUUUUUCAACUACUUCUUGUCGUGAUGAAAUCAAUCAGAAUGGUUUAAAUCAUGACGAUGACUCUAUUCGGAGAUUGGAAUUAUUAUUGAAAACGAAAUUCUCACGACAACAAAUGGGGAAAAAGAAAUGGGUUUUGAAUCGGGAAUUGAAAUAUAAAGAUUUCUUUCCAGUGGAAUUUAUCCAUGACAAAGAAUUUGUCUUGAAUCAUAUUAAAAAGUAUGGUUAUGGAUUGCAAUAUUCACCCAGCCUUCAAGGAGAUCGAAAUUUUGUGUUGCAAGCGGUUCAGCACAACGGUAUGGAGAUACAAUUUGUAAGCGAUCAUGUUCGCAAUGACAAACAAGUUGUAUUGGAAGCUAUCAAGCAAAAUGAAUACGCAUUGGAAUUUACUUUUUCAAUUUUUUGUAGAUAUGGAUGGAAAUUUAUUUUGGAAGUACUUCCAUAUUGCCCUGAAGCGAUGGGCAGGGCUUCCACAGAGCAAAGGAAAGACAGAGAAAUGGUUAAAUCUGCAAUGAAAAUUAAUGGCUUGGCAUUACGUUUCAUUCAUUUGAACAUAGAUUCCAAACAUGACCAGGAAAUUGUAUUGGAAGCAAUCAAACAGAAUAAGGAUGCGCUUCGAGAGGCAACGGACUUUUUUCUCAAAGAUCAUGAUUUCUUAUUGAAAGCUCUCAAAUUAAUAUAUCCAGAAUUUGAAUCGUUGGAUUCCUUGUAUUAUUCAAAGAAAGAAGUCAUGAUCAAACUUGUUCAAGAUUUUGACUUUUUUCUCCAAUUUGCAUCCAACGAACUCAGAAACGAUCGAGAGUUUGUUUUACAUGCAGUCAGAAAUGGUAAUUCCAUAUUUUUUGCUUCUGAAGUAUUGAGGAGUGACAAAGAAAUUGCACUUGCAGCUGUCAACCAUAAUGGUUAUGCAUUGAGGUUCAUUUCCGAUCACUUGAAGCGAGACAAAGAAAUUGUGCUGGCUGCUAUUAAUCAAGAUCCACUUUCCCUUAGUUGCGCACCAGAAGAUGUAAGGAACGACAAAGAUGUUGCUGUGAGACAUGACGGUUAUGCUCUCCAAUGCGCAUCAGAACAGCUAAAGAAUGAUAAAGAGAUAGUGUUGACUGCUGUCAGGCAAAAUGGAUUCGCCUUAUAUCACGCUGAUGACGUACUGAAAAAUGAUCAAGAAGUUGUUUUCGAAGCCAUCAAAAAAGAUUCGGAAACUUUAAAACACGCUUCUAAGAAACUUUUACGUGACAAGCAAUUCUUGUUGGAGGCCAUCAAGCUUGGAUGCAAAAACGUUCUUCGUUUUGCACCAAGAAAAUUUGAACACGACAAGGUGUUUUUAUUACAAGCCAUCAAACAUAACUGUUUGGGAGUUUUUGGAUAUGAUGUCAAAAGGUUUGGAAAUGACAAGGAAAUAAUGUUAGAAGCAGUGAAGCAAAAUGGAUAUGCUUUGUGGUUUGCCGCUGAAGAAUUACAACAUGAUAGGGAACUUGUAAUGGAAGCACUCAAAUGCAAUGGUUUUGUUUUGGAAUAUUGUGAUGAACUGUAUCAAGAAAGAAUGGAACAUUGUUAUUAUGGAGCCUAUUUAGGCACAAAUCGGGAUUGA